AACCUGGCAACACGAGCUGCGUGCAACAACGCAACAGCGCAGCGUUGACAGCCGCAGCUUUUCUCCACACUUCUCCGGGUUCCACAUCAAAGAACCAGUCAACAGUAUGAGUGGGUCUGUUUGUGUUUGUGUGGGGGUCGUCGGCAGCUAGCUGGGGGGGGGCGGGUUAGUCAGCUGGCGAGUCUGACGAUCCGACUCAACGUUAGCUGACUUUGAGUUUGUAGCUAACUGAGCUUAGCUAACGCGAAGACGCAGCAUGGGCGACGGCAGCAUCGCUCCCCGGUUCGGCAACGCGAGAGCGUUGCUCGGAAUAGUUGCCGGAGCUGGAGCCUCCUACGGGUUAUACAAACUCCUCAGCGGCGGAGGCUUCAAGAGGAACAAGAAAAGCGCUGCCAAUGAGAGUCCCGGGGUCAGGCGGAGCGAGUCCAGCGAAGCGCCCCUUCCGCCGGGCAGCCUGGUGGCCAGGGUGUCUGGACUGGACGUCGUCGCUCCCCGACCUGUGGAUGCUGCAUCGGGGGAAAUCACCCAGCAGUCCUCUGGUAACCUGGAUCCUCAGCACUUGAAGAUGCUGCUGUCGUGUCUGAAGACCAGCAGUAAUCCAUCCGAGCGAUGCCGGAUGCUGCUGACGUUGGGGAAUUCUGCUGCCUUUACUGUGAAUCAGAAUCUUAUACGGGACUUUGAAGGGAUUCAUAUCAUAGCUGGUUUCCUCUCUGAUCCCCUGGCAGAGGUUAGAGUGCAGACUCUGAAUGCAUUGAAUAAUCUAUGUAUGAACAUCCAAAACCAGGAACAAAUAAAGGUUUAUGUCCCACAAGUGCUGGAGCUGAUUGAGAUGUCACCAGUGAAUUCGGACCUUCAGCUUGCUGCUCUCAGGCUGCUGACGAACCUUUCCGUCACAGAUAAACACCAACACUUGCUGAAGAAAUCCAUUACCCUUUUACUCUCUCUGCUUGUUGUGAGCAAAGAAGCAUUACAGAUUCAGGCUUCAAAAGUCCUUGUGAAUUUGUCGUCCAAUCCAGAUAUGAUGGAUGACAUUGUUCAAGCUCAGGCACCUGCCUCGGUCGUGCUGCUGUUUGAUUCACGGACAGCCACCGCGGUGCUUCUGCGACUGCUGACGUUUGCCGGGAACCUAAAGGCCUGGAGGGCCUCGGCGCAGGUGGCCGAUGAACUGCGGCGGACUCAGGAUUGCCUCUUCCGGGUCAUGUUAGAUGAGUCCUCCCAGCUACACAGCCGACUGGUCCAGCUGCUUUCACACCCUGAUGUUGAGAUUCAGUCCCAGGUGGCCCGCAUCUUGACAUAGACGUCCCUCUCUGCACUCUCCAUCCACGCGCAGCUUUUGUCUCGACCGAUUUUGCCAAAGCCAUCGCCCAUCUAGUCCUAUUAUAUAUCUGUUGACUGUAAUCUUCUAAUAUUCAAUGCAGCAUAGCCGCCUGCGGAUGGAUACUCAACUUACACACAUUCUCUUUCCAUCUAAAGUAUUCCCCAGAUAAGUGUUAAUACCACACAUAUGUGAUCUAUUCCACUUUUCCCUUGUGUUUUACUUUCUUUCACUACAUUUAAUCAGUGAAAUUUUCUGAAUCUAAACCCACUGCCAAACAUUUUCUAGAGAUAAUGUCAGAAAGACCCGUGCAGCACAAACUAACUUUGUACCCUUCUUUAGUACAGAGAGACACUUAAAUGAAAAGUCCACGAGGUUUCUCGCCAUGGAGACACUGUCACAUGGCUGGACUACAACUCCUGUCCUCUCAUUUAUCAGCACGUUGGUUUAAGGAUGGUGGUCUUCAAGAUGUUAUCUUCAUUGGUGAAUUGAAUGUAAGCAUCAGUGCAUCUUGACUUUGGAAGAGACAGAAUUAGGUCAUCAUACAGGACUGUUGCGCUCAUGUUCUUUGACGAUGUGAGAAGUUUAGUGCGAGGAAGUAUUCCAAAUAGUUGGAAAAUGGAGGUAUUUGAAACCAUUAUAUUUAAUAACAAUUAAAUUCAUAUUUAUGUAUUUGUUGCAUUCUCUUUGACCAUGUUAAGAUAUGUUUAAGUAAAGCCUGAUUUUCCUUUCACGUAAAAUGAUGAUCUCCAGUGCAUCUAUAGGAAGAACUUGGAGUUUAAACACUGUCUCCCUUGCUUUAAGACCAGCUUGCACAAGUGGUUGGGACACUUGAUAUAAGCUAAGCAGACUUUGAAUAAAACCCCAGGUUUGAUCCAGGAUGCGCUGGUGGAGUUCCAUCUCUCUCAGAAACACCUGUGAAUUCCCCCGAGUGGAGCUGGAGGAAGUUGCAGGGGAAAAGGAUGUCUGGACUGAUUGUUUCGGCCAACAUGAAUGUCGUGCAGAAAUGCAGCUUGAAAAUGAGUUGAAGAGGAAUCGACCUCUGACAAAGGUCUGCGAAAUCUAUUACUUAGUUUAAAUGAACAUUCUUUUGCACCCAUUGAUUGUUGAUUAACAAAAAUACAAAGCCUUGUCAUCCUAUAUUAUGCAUUUUUCUAUAAUGAGAUCAGCUGAAAGUAACACAUCCACAUAUUGUCUGACCGGCGUUGUGGAGCCAUCUCCUAGUUUAACAUCUAAACGCAUGAAAGAUGUGACGAUUAUCUCGGAAUAUGAUUUCUGUUGCAAGGAUUUUACGACACGAGCCAGACCAGGUCUAAAGAAAUGCUGCACGUUUUUUAAUUUUGGACACUGACUUAAUCCUAAAUCUCUCUCAGGCAAUAUGGUUUACGUAAACACAAACAGCAGGAAGCUGGUUUACUUGUGGCCUAAAUCGCCAUAUUUAUUUAAUGAAAAAAUGUUUGUUUUGUCUUUCUGAAUGUUUCAAUAAAUGCUCAAUGUGAAAUAGUA